AUGACAGUCGCCCAAGUUCCCAGCCCGUACUACCAGCAUGUCAUCGCUAGAGGACUGCCCUACGAGCGCGGCCUGGCACACGGCCAGCAAGCGGCGCAAAAGGUCCGUGACAAUGUCGCGUACUACAAGACACCCGGCAAGCUGGCCAAACUGGAAACCAUGGAGCUGAUCAUCAAGGAGAUUUACAUUCCAAACAUCGCGGCCCAUUAUCCCGCCGGCCUCGAGGAGAUGCGUGGCAUCGCCGACGGAGCCCACGUUUCCCUCGAAGACGUUGUGUUGUUGAACGCGCGGUAUGAUCUUGCCCGUCUCAACGAGGACGACCAGGAGCAGAGUUCGAUCACCAACGGUGCCGACGGCGUCAACGGAAACCACUACUCCCGCUCUGAAAGAGACGACCUCGCCAACGAGUGCACCAGCGCCAUCUUCUUCUCCGAGGCCACCGCCACCGGCGAUGUCCUCAACGCCCAGAACUGGGACAUGUCCGCGCGCCUCUGGCUACACGACACCAUCAUCUACCUCGAGGUCCACCCGGACCCGUCUGAGGCGAAGCCGUCGCUAUUCCUCGUCACCGAGGCCGGCCAGCUCGGCCGCUCUGGCAUCAACUCGCUCGGCAUGGCCGUCACCGCCAACUCCCUCAUGUCCACCGAGGACUACUGCCCGAGCACCGCGGACCCAAAGCCGGUCAUGCCCAUCUCCAUGCUGCGCCGCAUGGUCCUCGAGUCCGCGCACUUUGCCGAGGCCACCACCGCCAUCUACAACUUCCCCCGGCACGUGUCCAACAACCUCACCGUCGCCACCGCCGACGGCUUCGGCAUGUGCUUCGAGAUCACGCCCACCAGGGAGUACAAGGUCUACGCCGACCUCGACGACCACUACCUCGUCCACUCCAACCACUUCACCCACACGGCGUUCCUCGCCCGGCCCGACGCCAAGUGCCGCUACCCCGGCGGCAGCAGCUGGUUCCGCCGCCAGCGCCUGGAGCAGAACGUGCGGCCGUACAAGAACGGCCUCGUGACGGUCGAGCAGCUGCAGCGCGCUUUUGCCGACCACCUGAGCUUUCCGGAGUCGCUGUGCUGCCACCCGGACCGCUCGCCGGACGCCGUCAUCGGCCAGCUGCCGGGAUACCCAUUCCGCAGCUCCUCGGCGACGGUCGCGUCGGUCACGUACAACCUGACGCAGCGGACCAUCACGGUCUGCAAAGGGCCGCCAUGCCAGGGCACGUUCCAGACGUUUCAACUGAGCGGACCGUUGUCGAUUAGAGGUCUUGGGCCAAAGUCGAGGAAGCUAGCUGCGGCGGAAGACAUCAAGCGUCCUGAGACGCCAUAA